GGAGUAGGCUAAAGGGGUCCGGGCAGGCAGUUUCCUGGAGCCUUAGACCCUCCCAUCGCGCGGGUAGGGGGAAGUCGCUCAGCUCAGGCACAAAUCUUGGGCGUCUCUGGCGGUCUUCGACGCAGGUCGGGGCAGCGUUGGGGGGCGGGCAGCAGAGAGCGCAGGCGCAGUGUCCGCACCCGCGGCGCCCCCUCCACGCCCCGCCUGGCGGCCGCAGCAGCCCUGACCGCGUUUUUCCUGGCAAAGCGCACAGCAGCCACAAUCCGCGUGGAGGUUGGACUAGGCGCGCGGUAUUGGGCAUUCCUGGCCACCGAGCGCCGCGCGCACCUUCCUCGCCGUGGCACACAGAAUUGAUUAUCUGAAGAAAUGGAUACUUCUCCCUCCAAAAAAUAUCCAGUUAAAAAGCGGGUGAAAAUACAUCCCAACACAGUGAUGGUGAAAUAUACUUCCCAUUAUCCCCAGCCUGGGGAUGAUGGAUAUGAAGAAAUCAAUGAAGACUAUGGAAAUCUUAUGGAAGAAAAUCCAAAGAAAGACCUGCUGAGUGAAAUGAAAAGAAAAGGAAGAACUUUCUUUGGAACCAUGGAUACUCGACCUCCGCCAACAGAAGACCCAAUGACUAAUGAUACUGGACAAUUCCAGAGCUUUGCAGAAAAAAAUAUUUUUCAAUCCAGAAAAAUGUGGAUAGUGCUAUUUGGAUCUGCUCUGGCUCAUGGAUGUGUAGCUCUGAUCACCAGGCUUGUUUCUGAUCGUUCUAAAGUUCCAUCUCUAGAGCUGAUUUUUAUCCGUUCUGUCUUGCAGGUCUUAUCUGUGUUAGUCGUGUGUUACUACCAGGAGGCCCCCUUUGGACCCAGUGGAUACAGAUUACGACUCUUCUUUUAUGGUGUAUGCAAUGUCAUCUCUAUCACCUGUGCUUAUACAUCAUUUUCAAUAGUUCCUCCCAGCAAUGGGACCACUAUGUGGAGAGCCACAACCACAGUCUUCAGUGCCAUUCUGGCUUUCUUACUUAUAGAUGAGAAAAUGGCUUAUGUUGACAUGGCUACAGUUGUUUGCAGCAUCUUAGGUGUUUGUCUUGUCAUGAUCCCCAACAUUGUCGAUGAAGACAAUUCUUUGUUAAAUGCCUGGAAAGAAGCCUUUGGGUACACUAUGACCGUGAUGGCCGGACUGACCACUGCUCUUUCUAUGAUAGUAUACAGAUCUAUUAAGGAGAAGAUUAGCAUGUGGACUGCACUGUUUACCUUUGGUUGGACUGGGACAAUCUGGGGAAUAUCUACUAUGUUUGUUCUUCAAGAACCCAUCAUCCCAUUAGAUGGAGAAACCUGGAGUUAUCUCAUUGCCAUAUGCGUCUGUUCCACUGCAGCAUUCUUAGGAGUUUAUUAUGCUUUGGACAAAUUCCAUCCAGCUUUGGUCAGCACAGUACAACACCUGGAGAUUGUAGUAGCUAUGGUCUUACAGCUUCUAGUGUUACACAUAUUUCCUAGUGUCUAUGAUGUUUUUGGAGGGGUAAUCAUUAUGAUUAGUGUUUUUGUCCUUGCUGGUUAUAAGCUUUAUUGGAGAAAUUUAAGAAGGCAGGAUUAUCAGGAAAUACUAGACUCUCCCAUCAAAUGAAUACUUGAUUAUUAUUUUGUUAAGUUAUUAAUAGGUACACUGCCAUUUUAAUAUUUACCUAUAAAUGUCUCGUGUUGUAUAAUUGACAGAGUGGUAUAUAAAAUCAAUAUAGGCAGAUGUAGAAAAUUUAUUCUAGUCUAAUAUGUUAAAAAACAAAUGUUAAAUAUGUGAAACACCAUAAAUCCAGUGUUUCUAUGGUUAUUAACAAAAAGUAAUUGUGGUAGGAGAAUGUUAACUCUCAUCACUGAAGAACACAAUACUUGAGGAAAUGAGCCCUUUCAGAUGGAACUUCUGUGGCCCUAAAAUAAAUGUUUAUGCCCAAUGUUAUACAAAUGUUUAAUAAAAAUCCUUUAAUAGCCAAAAAUCUUCAUUGGUGAAAAGUACACGGUAAGGUGAAAUCUUAAUACAAUCCCUAUUUUGUCAUCUGCUUACAUUAGAAACUAGAGGUGACUGGAUUGGGUAAGGGAGCUUAAGUUGAGGCAAGAAAGAGGGAACAAAGGAAAACAGGUGGUUUUUCAAUGACCAUAGUAGUUGCCCUACUUUCAAACAGAAAAUUGAUCUUUGCUAUGGCUAUAUUAGGUAAUGCAUAGGAUAAUGGAAGUAGGGAGAAGACUGGAUUCUUGACAGCUCUACUUAGUCUGGGCCAUUUUGUACCUGAUGGUGGGAGACUUAAUGUUGGGACAAGGUCUAUUUAUCCUCAGUUUUACAGAUAUUUUUCAAAACUGUCCUUGUUUAUGAUUUUGUAGCAAGUGCAUGUGUAAGCUGUAGUAAAGGUACUCCUUACCCUUGAAAAAAAGACACUAACAGGAAUCAUGGUACAGCAGAAAUUUGAUACAAUAUGGUAACUUGAAAUUCUUUUCAAAAGGCAUAAAAGUUGUAAAAGCAUAUAAAGUAGCAUUAAUUUGUGUCUAAUUUGGGCAAUUUUACUAAUUUAGGACAACAAAUGUUGAUAUAGUUAUUAGGCUACUGUUAUUAUUACUGAGCUAUUUUAACUUCAAAUUCACUCUUCUGUAUUUACCUCUGUGAUGCUAUGGCUCAGAGGCUGUAAAUUAUAUUUUUCCUAUGCUGGCUGGUGUCUCAUUAGGUUCCAUCAAUAAAGGACAUUAGAGGGAGACUAGAAGACAGGAUAAGGGGAGAAAGGAUUUCUUCCUUUCCAUUUGUUUGCAGUUUGUCAUUGUUACCCCAGCAAUAAGCAAUAGCCUUUUGCUCCACAGCAGCAACUGAUCUCAGCAUUGAGCUUCUUUUGGCACUUCUCCAUCCCUUAGCAGCCUCAUCAUAUCCCUCUCAGUAGGAGGAGGACCAGCUAAACAGCAUCCUUUCUGGAAUCUGAGCUAUAGCUCAGCUGGGUCACUCCACUGAGCUUUGGAGACCUUAUAGUCCAACCCUGACCCCUCUUUUUCACAUGCUCUAAGGGUGGUAGCUGCUCUGUUACAGUUACCAUCUCUGGGCUACUGCAGUGCUCCCUUUUUGCUUUUUCAGUCCCUCAAUACCCAAUACUAGAUUCUUUCUGUUGUAAUAUCUUGUGAUUUCUGCCUUCUUGACUAAUAUAUCUCUAAACCUUUCUCCAAAGAGCCCAUAGCUAUUAAUUGGGUAUUUGUGCUUCUGGGAAGAUAUUAAUGUUCAGAUUUUCCAGGAAUUGCCAGACGCUGGCUCUUAACUAUCCAAAUUGAAGAAAUUAUCCAAACUGAAGCACAGAAAGAAAACGGUUUGAAAAAAAAAAAAUGAACAGAGCCUGGAAUGACCUGUACUAAGGACUAAGAAGUCUAGCCUAAGUGUAAAUGUAGUCUCAGAAAAGGAGAGAGAGGGGAAGGGGCAGAAAAAAAUAUUUGAAGAAAUAUUGGCCAGAAGAUUUCUAAAUUUGAUAAAAGGAAACUACAACAUGAACCAGUAAUCCACAGAUCCAGGGAAAUAACUGAACCCCAAGCAGCAUGAAUAGAAAGAAAACCACAUGUAGAAACAGUGCAACUGCUGAUAAAGGUAAAGAAACAAAACUUUAAAAGCAGCAAUUAUAAAAGGACAUAUGACAUACAGGAAAACAGCAAGACAGCUAGCUUCUCAUCAGAAACACUGGAGGCCAGAAAUAAACAGAAUGACAUUUUAAAGUGCUGAAGAAAAGCCCUCUGAUGGCUUCUUAUCAUUAUAGGAUAAAGACUAAGAUCCUUAACUUCUAUAACCUGCUAUUGCUUACUUUACUAGUCAUCUUCUGCUCUAGCAAUAUUGUGUAAUACCUUUUCAGUUGUGUAAUACCUUUUUAAAUGCAGGCUACUCUAUGCGGAGAACCCAUCUCUUCUUUGCCUACUUAUUUGCCUGACUAGCCUGACCACACAACUUCCCCUGUAGUUUAAUGUUUCCCUGUACAUAUCUAUAGCUUGUUAACUAUAUUAAUAAUAGACAUAUUUAAAUCUUGUUCUCCGACACUGGAUUGAGCUCAUUUUAGGUAAGACUGAAUCUUUAGAUUUCUAGCACCUAUUAUAGUGCCUACCACAGAGAGGACUCAAUCAAUUUCCGUUGAAUUAAUUCUCAUAAAGGCAUAACAAUACUCAGUCCAGAAAUUAAAUUUAGUUACCAGAGUCCACUAAUUUCUGUACUUCACAAUCAAGCUUGUGAUCAGUUACUUCUUGUUGAUUAGUAAGUAGGGCUUUUUUGUUGUUGUUGCCCUAAACAAUCCUACUUGGCAGGGAUGCUAAGCCAGAUCAUUCUCUAAUCAUUUCUAACUAUAAGCUAUCAAAUUUCCUGGGAAAGAUCUUGAGACCUGGAGACUCAUUUUCCCCUUCCUUGUCUUCCCAAGUCCUGCCUGCAUAUUUUUAUCCUAGACAGAUUAGCUAUCCCUAUCAAAGCCCCAUUUCCAGUCCAUAGGUCAUAAGUUUUGGUCUAAAUAAUAUUGUCUCCUGAUUCUGGCUAGUCCCUCGUCCACUCAGCACUAAUUAACAGGGGUGAUUCCCAUUUUUGGUCUGCGUUCCGCUAAAAGAGAGGAAGAAGCCAUGUGCAUGUUUAUAUUUGGAAGUGGGGAGACAGGGUGUAUGGAAGGAAGUCUCUCGGACAACUCCCACCCCACAAGAACUUGUACUCCAUUCCUUCUAAGUUACUAUCCUGCAAUUUCAUAUAUGACUUUUGUCUAGCUACCUUUCUAUCCUAUGCUUUCUUGUGUCAUUGCUGUUUCUUUUUUUUCUUCAAUUCCUUCUCCUUUUCAUAUGUAUUUUGAGCUUUUUUCUUUCUUUCUUUCUUU